AUGGUUUUAAAGGCGGAAUACACUAAGAGCCCAACUGCAAACUUCCCCUCCAAUGUUCUGUCCUGCAGAUCCCUGUCAUCCAGUAAGGCUGGCCCCAGUGGCCCCUCCAGCCUCUCAGAUGGGGAGCUGGCCCGGAACUUGCAGGACAGUGUCAAGCACCGCAUCCUGUACCUCUCAGAGCAGCUGAGAGUGGAAAAGGCCAGCCUGGACAGGAACACUGUGGGCUUCCUCAAGCUGGUGUCCACAGCUGGCCGGCAGCAGGCCCCCCACGUCUGGCAGGCCUUAGAGAAGGUGAACCAGCGUGCCUCUGCCACCGUUGCCCAGAUUGAGUGAAGGCUCCACCGGUGUCACCAGCAGCUGCAGGAGCUGGAGGAGGGCUGCAGGCCCAAGGGCUUAGUGCUGAGGGCAGAAAGCAGCCUGGGGUACAACCGUGAGCAGCCCAGCGAGAAGGCUCUUUCAGAGUCCCCCAAGCCAGGUGCGGAACACUGCCCAUCCACCGACCUGUUUGAUGUAAUUAGACACCUCUCUCCAGAGAGUCACUCCGCAGCCUUGCAGCAGGGGAGGUCCUCGGAGACCAAGCAUGGGGCCCAGCUGUGAGCCCUGCUGUGGGAGAAGGUGAAGGAAGAGCGGAUCAAAGUCAAGACCUUCCACCUCAGCUUGCAGGUGUCCUAUCAGAGCCUCAAGGAGCGGUAUGUGACCAACCUGCAGGCAUCGCUGGAGUCCCUCUGGGAGGAGAAGUGCAGACAAGUGCAGCUGGAAGGACAGGUGAAUGAGCACCUACAGGGGCACCUGGACAACAUUUACCACCUCAAACAGAGUCUGGCCUGCACCGAGGAGAGAAUGGCCUAUCUGUCCUACGAGAGAGCCAAGGACAUACGGGAGGUUAUGGACACGUUCAAGAGCCGUGUAGCCAAGUUGGAGGCUCUGCAGCAGGUGACCCAACUGGAGGUGACGGAGAGCGUGCGUAGCCGGCCCCGGGGCUGCCUGUGCCGCUGCGCGCCGCUGCUCACGCUGGCCACCGUCCUCCGGGUCCUGGUCUCCAGCGCGUGCGCCUGCCCAGUGCCGCUGCUGAGCUCGCGCCUGCGCACGGGCACCGCGCUCCUGCUCGUCGGGCUGGGUGCCCUGGCCUGGCGGAGACAGCGUGCCGUCCCCGCCGCAGACUGGCAGGCCCGGGUCCCCUCCAGAUGGAGACUGUGUUCCGGGGAUUCCAAGCCUCUUCCAGAGGGGCCUUAAAGGGCCUGGCUUCGCUAGCUCCUCCCGCCUCCCCAGACAGCUGCUUCUCGGCUCUCCCUUUCUUGUUCCAUCACCAGCAGCCCAAUGAGAGGUACGUGGACGCCCGCCCGCCUCGCGCUCGCCUUUCUUGCGAUCUUUCUAUCCCGUCUGUAGACACGAGGCUUAGAAAAGAUGAGCAACUCCAGAGUACGGUGCUGUGCCCCUCUCUCCCCCACGUGCUCUCUCACGACCCAGUGACCCAGCGCUCAGAGGCUCGAGUGCCCCAAAACUGCAGUGGCAGCCUCUAUGACUCGGUUGCUUUUGGCAAAGAGAAACUACAUUUAUUUCACAGGGAUGGAGAAAAGGGGCAGGGGCGGGGUGGCCAAAGCCCCGGAGGGUGGGACCGGUUACGUUUUCCAGUGGGAGACAGGCGACUCAGGCAGGUGACACCGAAGAGACAGAUGAGGCCUCUGUUUUGGAAACGCUGGAGAGUUCAGAGCUGUCAUCCACCUUCUUCCCAAAAAGCUGCAAGAUGCAGUUUCGAAACUGCAGGACAGAAAGUGUUACUGAGCAGAGCAGGCAGGGCCAACAUGCUAGGCUAAAUGUAAUGCUGGGGCACUCCGAGGAG